AUGCCUGUAAAGAUUUACAAGUCGAUUUACCCCGACGUCGACAUCCCGGAUGAAUCCAUUUUCACACACGCUCUACCCGUAAACGGCCCGUAUGACGACUCGUUACCAGCAUUCAUCGAUGCGCCUUCUGGAAAGAUGAUAACAAGGGGUGAACUACGGGAUAACUCGCUCAGGUUUGCCUAUGGCCUUGUGGGCGACAACCAGGUCCUUGCUUCCAAAGGUGGCCCCAAAUUCGCCCGCGGUGAUGUUAUCGCCCUCUACAG